AUGGCUACUUCAAUUUCAUCAUGCGAUAUAACAUUAAAAAUACUAUUUGUAGGUGAUCCAUCAGUAGGUAAAUCGUCAUUAAUAUGGAGAAUGAGUGAAAAUAUAUUUCCAACAGUUGAACAAGCGAAUUUAACUUUGGCAAACUCGGUGAAAUCAAGAGCAAUUCAAUUUGGGAAAAAGCAGAUAUUAGUAAAAUUUUUUGACACAGCAGGCCAAGAAAGAUUUAGAACCAUUUCAAAAUCAUUUUAUUCAAACACAGAUAUAAUUAUUCUUACAUAUGACCAAAACAAUCAAUCAACAUUUGAUCAUCUUGUUCAAUGGCACACCGAAAUUCAAAGAUAUUGUUCUAAAAAUACUUUUAUAGCAUUAGCAAGUACAAAGAGGGAUUUACCUCCUGUAGUUGACCCAUCAUUAGCUCAAAAUUUUGCAAAUGAAAAGGGAAUUUUAUUUAUGGAAACAAGUUCUUCAACAAAUGAAGGUAUUGAAGAUUUAUUACAAACUGUUAUAAAGAGUGCUGGUGAAAAAUUAUAUACAGAGGAAAAUUGGAUUAGAUUUAAGUUAAGAGGUGAACAAAAUACACGUCAAACAAGGGGAAGCUCACAAGGAACAGAACCAAGAAAAACUGGUUUCUGUCAAAUUCUAUAA